AUCGGGUAUAACCGUAGAGUUGCGGUGUCCGCAGCAACUCACAACGUUCCCACUCGACACUCAGCUCAGCAAUCCGGUCGAGAGGCCAAUUUCAAAUUCGAGUCCAGAUUACCUGGCGUUACAUGCUAAAAAAUUACAGUUAACAACAAAUAAACACAAGCCAACAGAGGGCGCUGCGAAGGAACAGUACGAGAUCCAGUGAAAUACCGUUAGUCUAAAAAACAAAUAUGGCCACGACAGCGGCCGCCAUGGCCGCCACCAGUGUCGUCGUUUUGGAUCGCGGCAAUAACACGACCUGCACCAUCAACUUGCAUGGUGCCACAGUUGUCUCCUGGCGAGUGAACAACCAGGAGCAGUUGUUUGUUAGUAAGCUAGCCUCGUUCGACGGCAAGAAGGCGAUACGUGGCGGGAUUCCUUUUGUCUUUCCCCAGUUUGGUGCUUGGUCCUUUGGGCCGCAACAUGGAUUCGCCAGAAUCACGCGAUGGCAUCUGGAGAGGGCGCCGGAUAGGCUGCACAACGGCGACGUCGAGGCUAUAUUCUCGCUGAUGGACAACGAGUUCACGCGCUCCAUCUGGAACUAUCAGUUUCGCAUCACAUACCGCCUCAUUCUGCGCGAGAAGGAGCUCCACUUCCACAUUGGCGUCUACAACCCGAGCAAGGAGCUGAGCUUCUCCUUCAACAUGCUGCUGCACACUUACUUGAAGGUGCCCGAUGUGCGCCGCUGCCAGAUCACGGGCCUGCACGGCUGCCACUUUAUCGACAAGACGCGAGAGAACGCCUUGUACCAGGAAGGUCGCGAGGUCGUCACUGUCAACGAGUGGACCGAUCGAAUCUACCAGCACACGCCGCAGGAGCACGUCAUCACCAACGUGGUCUCCGGCCGCAAGAUGAGACUGCACAAGUACAAUUUCCCCGACACGGUCAUCUGGAAUCCCUGGAUUGACCGAUCGCGCGAGAUGAGCGACUUUGGCGAUGACGAGUUCCCCAACAUGCUCUGCGUGGAGGCAGGCAAUGUAACCUCUCCCGUGAUCCUGCUGCCGGGAACAGCUUUCGAAGCCAGCCAGAUCCUUCAGCAAUUCAAGUGUCCCUAUGAUAUAAUUAAUGCACCCAAGAAAUCCAAAAAGAAGUCCAAGUCCCGCUCAUAGCCAGUCACCGUACUUGCCUCCACCUCCUUAUGACAAACGAAAUUAUUUACUUUGCUUGCGCAGAUCAUCAUCGAAGGGAACGUCAGUCGCAAAACCAAAAGGAAUCGCUAGCGUUUAAAGAAUCGGAACCCCAUGAGGUAAACCGAUUCGCAACAAGCUUAAAGCGCACUUUUUCACGGAGAUCCUCCCCUUUCCAAAGGUGGAGUACAAGGAAGUAGAAGCAGGAGCUGAAGGAGGCAGACGCAGCGGGAGACACAGAACACAGUUUGGUUGUUCCCGUAUGGAAUUUAGAAUCUAACCUAUGUCUUAAGUAAUCGUAAAUCCUUCACUAGCAAUAUGUGUUGUGCAAAGAAAUCGAAAGGAAAGUAAUUCUUACCCGUAGCUUAAUCGUAGUUUUUACAUCCUUACUUGCCUACUUGGAACUGACUUCACAUCUUUCGUAAAUGGGAAGCCUCAAGGAGAUUCUGUAUUCCCAGCUCUAAAAUAAAUGUACAUUCCUUUGGCUAUGCUGGGCGUCGCCUUAUAUGUUUUUAGCCUGAGAUAUUUUGCGUCUUAGAAGUGUAUACCUUUGAACUAAACUAAAAGGUUAGUCUAUGCUUUAGGGAAUUAUACAAGAUAUAAGUUGUAGGCGAUGAUUCAGUUCACCCUCGUAUAGUUGAUGGUACAUAUAUUCUUGCCACGGUUACGGCACGAGUAAAUGGGAUAUGGAUAGUUCGGUUUCAUAAAUUUCAUAAGAAAGGACUUAGGAACGUCUAUUAUUCUCCAAUUGUAUUCUGAUAUGGCUUCACGCUCUCCGAAAGCCCCACUAAUUAGGAAAUUGCAUUAACUAAAGUUAAACUAAUGUGUCGGCUUCCACUUGAUAAACUUGUAUACGGUUGAAUAUAGAUAACGUACUUUUAUUUUUAAGUUCAAUCUGUGUAAAAUACUAAUAGCAAUUAUCUAUGCCAAUUUAUAAAAUAAACCAA